GCUAGCCAGCUAGUUUUGAAAGAACCAAGCCUUUCGAUCAGUCUUAAGCUCCCAUCAUCUUCCUAAACACGGUCACAAAUUCAAUGACUUUCUCUGCCUCUGGAAUGACCUUGGCUACACUCUCCUUCUGCGAGCUCCUCUUGAUCCAAGCUGAGAAUCCGGGGCAAUGAUCUUCAAGCCUAGAAGUUUCGAGGCUUCCAACCCGGCGACCCGAGAAUGUGACCCGAACGUAUAUUCGCCGUCCGGUCACCGCACGACGUCGCACUGGUUCCAUUUUUUUCGUCUUGCCGUCGUCGGCAUUCCAAUGGUUUGGUUUAAUCGUUAGUCGACCGAUUAACCUAGUUGCUCCGACGGUUUCUGGGUAAAUUCUGGCGGCUCCGGCGACGGAUUAACCUGCAUGUGUAUAAUCUGAGGUUUGGCCGAGCAUUGAUCGACGUUUAUUGCUCUCUCUCUCCCUUCUGUUGCUCUCUCUCUUUGCCUGUUCCAAAUUCAAUUUGCAGGUCAAAUAUUGAAUAGGGAAUUGAAUUUGGUGUCAAAAUUCAAGAUCAGAGUGAUCGAGUCGGUCAAAUCCCGGCUAAAUUCUGCAGCUAACGGUGAAAAUGACUUUGGAAGAAUGGAUGAUGUUUCCUUUGUAGUUUGUAGCCUACCAGGGCGAGAGAAUGACUCUAACAGGACAGAGUGAAACGUUUUUUUACUGAGCCUAACUAUCAUUUUUGGUGAUCUGCCAAACGGCGCGUGUGAAUCACGUCCUGUUAAAUCCCAUAUGGAUAACCACCCCAGGUGGUUAGCAGACACUCUCACCAAACGGCGCGUGUGAAUCACGUCCUAGUCGUGCCUUAACUGCAGGCACUUGUCUGUUUUUGUCUGGAACAUCUUACACCAUCUGGUAUGUAAUUUUCAAAUGUAUUAAGUAGUAUGAUUUAUUUUGCAAAUUCAAUGUCAGUCUGGAAUCUUCUUAGAGAAUUCCGCAUUCGGAAGGUUCACAUGGCUGUGGUUCUCAAUGAAUAUGGUGGAACUGUAGGGAUAAUUACCCUAGAAGAUGUGGUGGAGGAAAUUGUUGGUGAAAUAUUUGAUGAAAAUGAUUCCAAGGAGGAGAUUCAGAAAAAACUGGCUACAUCGUAAUGCGUGCAGAGGGAGUAUUUGAUGUGGAUGCAAACACAUCUAUAGACCAGCUCUCUGAAGAUCUAAAUGUGAAAAUGCCCGAGAAAUGCUUGGCCGAAGACGCUGCUGGUUCUUCAGGUUUUUAAAGAGCAUGGUUUGAUUUUGGCGGCGCUUUUGGGUCUCUCGGCUUUUUUCUCAAUGGCAGAGACUUCGAUUACCACGCUAUGGCCUUGGAAGGUGCGUGAGUUGGCUGAGAAAGAGCCUGAAAAUGGUGUCUUCGGAUUGCUUCGCAAUGAUGUGACUUGGUUCUUGGCAACCAUACUUAUUGGCACAACUGUUGUCAAUAUUGGAGCAUCUGCUUUAGUUACAGAGGCUGCAACAGCGAUAUUUGGUGAAGCUGGUGUUAGUGCAGCAACUGGAGUAAGGACUGUUCUUAUUUUGCUCGUCACCAAAAUAACUCCCAAAGUGUUGCUGUUCACAAUCCCACAGAAGUUGCUAGGUUUUUGUGAAAGAAACCUUGAGGCUACAUCCAGUGGCACCAUUGUUGCUUCCCCAUGCAUCUACUGAAGAUUGCACUGUUAAUGGCUUCCACAUACCCGAAAAAUCGCGCGUUAUCAUAAACGUGUGGGCAAUCGGGAGAGACAAGCAUGCUUGGACCAAUGCAGACGAGUUCAUACCCGAAAGGUUUGCAGGGAGUAAUAUAGACCUGAGGGGAAACCACUUUCAGCUUAUCCCAUUUGGGUCAGGUCGCAGACGUUGCCCUGGAAUUGAAUUAGGGCUAGUUGUGGUCAAGCUAGUAUUGGCACAACUUCUGCAUUGUUUCGAUUGGGAACUUCCAGAUGGUUUGUUACCGAGUUGGACUUGACGGAGGAGUUUGGUCUACACUGUUCCACGAGCCAAGCAUCUGCUGGCUGUUCCUUCUUAUCGCCUACACAAUAAGAACGUAUCAUUGAUCAUCAUAAUCAUAUCAGAAUGUUUAUGUACUGUUUAACUUCAUGUUUCAAUAGUUUUUGGACAAUUACAGGUUUGAUGUUUACCAUAGCUAAUAUAACUUGUAGGUGGACAUAAGCCUGUGAUGGUCAGAUUAAUAGGUCUUACCAACUACCAAAAGCAAAAUCUUUGGUACAGUACGUUAUUUUCAGUAUUUGCCCAACUUUAAUUACAAAAUUCCAUAUUAUAAUAAAUAAUGUAUUCAAACAUGCAUCAGUU